GAUGUGACAGGAGAGCUCGGUAUCCCAGCGAGCCGCGGAAAAGGCUGACUUAAAACAACUUUUACCUUCGGAAAGGAGGCGCAUGUCGUGCGGCGGUCGGCACGGCGAGGAUUAGGAGAAACGGAGGAAGAAGAUCUGAAUGUGGCUUUUCUUUUCUUUUCCUUUCUUUUCUUUUUUGAUGCAAUGGGAUUUGCUACUUUCGUAUGAAGAGGCGGACCUAUGAGACACGGCGAGUUCAGUAUGCUGAAGCUGUCCCCGGUGUUUGUAUACUAUACGUGGAAGUACGGAGACUGUUUCCUUCCUACUCACAGGCCCACGUAAGGAUUUAACACUGCACUUGUUUUUAAUUUGAAGCAGUCGGAUAUCCGCGUGUUUUUUUUUUUUUGUUUUUUUUUUGCUGUGGUGUGCCUGUUGGUGUUUUGGACAGGGGAUUCCUUCAGACAGGCUGCAUGUGCUUUGCUCCUUUGCUGACUGUAUUCGCCACACGGUCGGGUUUUUUUAAAAUUAAUUAAUUAAUUUAUUUUUUUGCCAGCCGGUAUACACAUAUAUUUUUUUUAAUUGAUAAAAUUAGAAAUGGGGGGACACGCUUGUCGUAGCUUGCAGCAGUCACCCCACAGGAACAGCCAGUAAACCCAUUACAGGCUAUUAGUCUGUCUUUUUCUUUUUUCUGGUUUGAAGGGGUCUUCUUUCAGAGUAGUUUGCUUUGCCGUUUGACUCACGAUGAACUAUUAUUUCGUGGGCAUCUUUCACGCUCCUGUGAGGUUUUCUGACAACAGCAGUGACAGCUUCUGUUUUCGCUGUUAGCCGGUAGGUUUGCAAACAAGUCUACUGCGGGAUUUUUUUUUUUUAAGUUGGUGCAUUUUCUCGUGACACCGCUAUUCCUGUUCCUUCUGCAAUUAAAAAAAAAAAAGACUGACUUUUUAUUUUUUUAAUUUAUUUUUUAUUUUUUCCUGGCUCUUGCUGUGCUCCUCAGUCUGCACCUGACAUAUUCCUGUUUUUUUUUUUUUUUCGGGAUUGCCCCCCUGUGCUUCAAACCUCCAUCCGCACUCUCCAGUCCCACGGAUACGAAUUACUAGAUUUUUCCCAUCGUUUCCACCAUGAGUUACAUCCACAAGGUCCUGAAUGUAUUGCUACGUGGACUCGUCAUCUAUGCGGUACUGGGCUUGGAGUGCACUUACUCGAAUGAUCUACCCAACCACUCGUCUGAUGCUGCAAAUGUAGCCACCACAGACCCUUGUCUUUUAGUGAUGCCGCCAUGCAUGGGCGAGGCCGACCGCUUCAGUCUGGAGGCGCUGCGGCACAUCCACAAGCAGCUGGACGACGACAAUGACGGGGGAAUAGAGGUCAACGAGAGUGUGGAGUUUAUAAUAGAAGACAUGAAGCAGCAGCAAACCAACAAACACAGCAACCUGCACCGUGAAGACCAGCACAUCACUGUGGAGGAGUUGUGGAAGGGCUGGAAGACCUCUGAAGUCCACAACUGGACCAUGGAGGACACGGUGCAAUGGCUGAAAGAGUCGGUAGAGCUGCCACAGUACGAGAAAAACUUCCGGGACUUCCGGGUCACGGGGAACACCUUACCUCGAAUAGCGGCAAAUGAACCGUCAUUUAUGUCUAUGCAGCUGAAGAUAUUAGACCAGCGGCAUAAACAAAAACUAAACCUAAAGGCACUUGAUGCAGUGCUUUUUGGUCCUCCUCUCCGUCCACAACAUAACUGGAUGAAAGACUUUGUCCUGAUGGUUUCCAUAGUGAUCGGUGUUGGGGGCUGCUGGUUUGCCUAUGUGCAAAACAAGUCUAGCAAGGUGCACAUCUCUCAGAUGAUGAAGGAUCUGGAGAGCCUGCAGCAUGCUGAGCAAAGCCUCUUAGACCUGCAGAGCCGGCUGGAAAAGGCUCAGGAGGAGAACCGGACAGUGGCGGUGGAAAAGCAGAACCUCGAGCAAAAAAUGAGGGAUGAGAUUACCGGGGCGAAAAAGGAGGCUCACAGGCUUCGAGAGCUGCGAGAGGGAGCUGAAUGUGAGCUGAGCCGCCUCAAAUACGCUGAGGAGGAGCUAGUACAGGUUCGAAAGGCUCUGAAGCGAGCGGAGAAGGAGAUGCAAUCGGAGUGCUCAGUGCCUGAAGCUCUUCAGAAGUGGCUCCAGCUCACACAUGAGGUGGAGGUUCAGUACUACAACAUCAAGAAACAGAAUGCUGAGUUUCAGCUGUGCGUGGCCAAAGAUGAGGCAGAGAAAAUAAAAAAGAAGAGAGGUUCUGUGUUUGGAACUCUUCAUGUAGCCCACAGUUCAUCACUGGACGAGGUGGACCACAAGAUACUAGAAGCAAAGAAAGCCCUGUCAGAGGUAACAGCGUGCCUGAGGGAACGGCUUCACCGCUGGCAGCAGAUCGAGAAGCUUUGUGGCUUCCCUGUUGUCAAUAACUCGGGGCUGCCGAGCCUGACGGCAAGCCUCUACUCCGACCACAGCUGGGUAGUCAUGCCACGUGUUUCGGUGCCUCCCUACCCCAUCGCAGGAGGAGUGGAUGACCUGGAUGAGGAUACACCUCCCAUCAUUCCACAGUUCACAGCGGCUACGUUGAUCCGGCCUCCGCUGACACGCAGCAGCAGCCUGUGUCGCUCCCGCCGGAGUCUGCUGAGCUCCCCUCAGUCAUCACUGAUGUCUCCAGACCCCGACCUGCUGUCCAUGGCCAGCUCGUCCCUCUCCUAUCGCCCUGAGGCAGAUGACGAACAUAUCAUGUUCAGCUCGGAUAGGAGGGGGUAUGUAGCGGUGGCCGGAACGCCGCGGAAUGGUUUUACAGUUUGGACUCACAGAGAACCGGCUCAGGAGGGAGGCUCCGACACAGAUUCUCUCAACUCUUCCGUAGGCCGCAAGCAGCUGCACAACCCCUGUACGCCGGGAUCAGAGACCCCCUACCGCAAGAUCUCCCGCGAGGAGCUGCUACUGUUCAGUCCGGAGCUUCCUGCAUCCACCUCCUCCACUACCCACACCAGCAGCAGUAGCAGCAGCAGUCUCAGGGACUCUACUCCUCCUCCUCCUCUCCCUCCCACUCCAGCCACCACCCCCUCAGGCCCACCCUCCACCUCACCCUCCCCAGCCUUGGAGCACCAUCCAUUUGCACACAGAGGUUCUCCUGACCUCACCCGUAUCAUCCCUGAGUCCCAAAGUGUUACCUUCUCGCAGGGGAACGUCACCUCUCCGACAGGAAAGGGCAUGUACAACGGCAUCCUGGAGAAGUCCUACAGCUUCGGUCAGCUGCCUGCAAGCAUGGUGCCCAAUGUGGGGCGUUACCCGUCUCUAACCUCCCUGGACUCGGAGGGCCGCAGUGUGGGAAGGGAAUACAAGCUCCAGAGCACCUCCUCCCAGGACUCCAGCGACAAUGGAGAGAAAAUGAAGCGCUCCUCCUCUAAAAUCAAAAGCCUAUUUAAGAAGAAAAAAUAAAACUCAGAGUGAGGUAGUGAGAGAGAGAGAGAGAGAGAAAUAACACAAAAAGAGUUGUUUUAGCUGUAAUAUUAAAAAUGGACAUCAUUGUAAGCUAAAACAUUUCAUUUUCUCUCUUAUUUUCUUGUUUUUGUUGUCAAAGAUGGAAUGUAGCUCAGUCUGGGUGCAUUUAAACACUCCAAACUGGUAGCCUUAUUUUUCAAUAAUGCCUUUUUAUUUAGUUCACUCAUAGCCUCACAGGGAAACCUGCACAGGUCAAGGAAAGGUCAAUCAAUGGUCAUGAUAGUUGUCAUCCAGACAGCCAAAACAGAUGACCUGUUAGCUGUCUUCUAUUAAUGUUACUUUGCGUUCAAACCAAAAAGCCACUAUGUUUAAGAGCCUGAAGGUGCAGUCCAUACAUUUAUUUCUAAGCACACAAUGUCUAGUGUUUCACUAUUCAUAUCUAGUACAAAUUAAUGUGUGCUGUUUCUACUGAAAGCAUUUAAAUCUGACUUUCAAUAGUAACAGCAGCACGCCCAGAAAAAAACAAUUUCUGAGAACGUAUUUUUGGCAAUUUCUUUCUCAAGUGCAUUUUGCAAAAGUGUUUGAGUCCUAAACUCAUGUGCUUGAUUAUUUUUCUUUGGAGAAAAAAAAAAAGUCCUGCUAAACGUUUGUUGCACUACUGCUUUCCUGGUAUUUU